GUUAUCCGUUUUACCCCUUCAGUUAAACAAAACAAAAACAAAAAAUAACUCGCAGAAAUGCAUUUAGUGAAUGUUGGAUGUUUUUUCUAUGUAAUAUUCCAAUGCAUGGUUUGUGCAAUAUUUUUUGAAUGUAACAGUGACAACCACAAGACUAAUAAGUGUUGUCCCGAUUAUUACAAAGUCAAUGGUAAUUGUACAGAAUGUCCAGCUGGAACUUUUGGUCUGAACUGUUCUUCUAUAUGUCCAAAGAACUUCUAUGGUCAGUUUUGUCAGAAAGAGUGUUUUUGUCGUCAUCAAUAUUGUCACCCGGUCGAUGGCUGUAACAUCAAUAACUUCACAACCGAUGGAGACAACUUUCCAUGUAUUCAAAACUACUAUAUUUUAGAUGGUAACUGUACAGAAUGUCCGGAUGGAACAUUUGGUGUGAACUGUAGUCAGACAUGUCCAAACAAUUAUUUCGGUCGUUUAUGUAAGAUACCAUGCAACUGCUCUGAUGGCCAAUUUUGUGACCAAGUCAAGGGCUGUAUUCCAAAUAAUAAUGACACAGACAAUGGGAAAAUUAGUGAUUCAGGAUUAACUACGGUUGCUACAGAAGUGACUACGGAUGCCACAGAAAUAACAACGAUUGCUUCAGGAAUAACUAAAGAAUGUCCGGAUGGGAGUUCAGGUGUAAACUGUACAAAGACAUAUCCGACAAACUGUACAAUUAACCAAUUAUGUGACAUGGUCGAUGGUUGUCUACAAACAAACAGAGACACAGAUGACGAAAAUUCAGUCACAUCAACAACUGGUUACAACACUUUUUUCAUAUAAAAUGAAGCACUGUGCAUUUUAUCUUAUAAGCUUUAAUGCAGCAUGUUUAGUUAUAAAUAAAAUAUCCUAACUAAAAAAAAUAGGACCACUUGUUAGAAAAAUACGAAACUAUUUCUGUAUAGCAAACUUUCCAUACAAUGAUAACAGCUCAUAUUUAAAAGAUAAAGUUUCUUGUACAGUUUUACAUGUAAUAACUUAUUCCCAAAUAGGAGAUUAAAAAUUUAAGUUAAUUAAUUCAUAAACAUGUUUAGCAACGCAUAUUAAAGCAACGACAAUAUCAUCAUGAAUUUCACUAAACGAGCAAACACAUAAUUAAAAGUCAAUUUUUUUUCAAGUGAAACCUUACGAACGAAUAAACCAAUUAUAAACCCAUUUUCUAUCAAUUGUAAUUUAAUCUUUGUGUUGAACUUUGUUAGCAAAUCUUCAGACAUGCAUAUAAAAAUAUUUAUACGCAUUUGAAAAAUCACAAAAAUGCAUUCUUUGUUAUUAAGAAGCAAAUUGCUACCAAAUAAUUCCUUUGGCAAGGUUCCAUUGUGUUAAGAAUGCAUAGAAGAUGUCUCAUUUUCUUAUCAGACAUUUAUUUUAACAUUGGUUGUUGUUUUUGAUUGAAAAUCAAAUCAUUUUCGACACCUGUUAACGUACUUCCGGUUAGAACAACAGUAUCGUUACGCGAGUUUGAUGAUUCUUGAAACCAAAUUAAUUUUCAACAGGACAGAUUAAGCAAACAUAUUUUUUCAGGCUGCAAUUAAAAAGCACACUCUUUGAUAUUUUUUCACUUGCCUUUAUCAUUUUUGUUAUGUAACACUUCUUUUGUAAAAACAAAUCCUUGUGUUCAGUAAUUUUUUGUAAGUAUAAAAGCUUAAGUUCAUUAUAUGUAGCGCACAGCAUCAAUGAUAUCAGAUUAUUAAAGUUGAGCAAAGUA